AUGAAAGUCGCCGUCAUUGGUACUGGCUCUGUGGGGUCCUGCCUGGGGGGCCAGCUGUUGAAAGCUGGCCACAGCAUCAAGUAUGGAAGCCGGAACCCAUCGUCAGAGAAUAUGGCAGCACUCAUUCAGAAACAACCCGGGACAAGCGGAGCAGCCAUCGCUGAUGCCGUUGAUUGGGGGGAGGCCAUCAUAGUGGCAGUCAAAAUGCCACCUGAAGACGCCGGCAUCCAAGCUUUUGCUGCUUCUCUUGGGCCAGGUGCCAAGGGCAAGGUUGUCCUUGAUACAACUAACGCGACAACACCCUUCCCAGAAUGCGAGCUUCGCUGGCAGCAGGCGACUUCAGGUGGAGAGGUGCUGGCUGCGGCCCUGCCAGAUUCGUUCGUUUUCAAGGCGUGGAACACCACCGGUGUGGACCACAUGCACGCCCCCGACGGCAGUGCGAUAAACGGCCAGCAGCUGGCCAUGCUGUAUGCGGGGGCACCAGAGAAGAAGGACGUCGCUGAGGAGCUGGUGCGCGCAUCUGGAUUCGAGCCAGCGUACGUGGGGCCCAUUCGCUAUGCACGCAACCUUGAGGCGAUUGCAGAACUGUGGAUCCAUCUUAGCAUGAAGGUGAUGGGGCAGACCGAUGAGGAUUGGGGUAAGAAUUUUCAUUUCCAAGCGAUCAGGAAAGUUUGA